AUGAUCCUAGUCGCCACAAGACAAGCGGAAGAGCGCAUGUCAUGCUUCUCUAACGAGCUUCCCGACCCAAACAUAGAAGCAUUCUGGCAACCGCACUAUACUUUCCAUAAUUUUCAAAACUUCCCCGAGGAUAUACGAUGGAUGAUAUGGGAUUGGGUGGUGUUCAAAAAGCCACAAAUUCUAGAUCUUAGGAACUCCUUAGAGAGUUGCCCAACAGUUACCCUUCAAUUCGUAAAUUGGGAGAGUCGGGAUGAAGUUCUACGUCUGCGCAAAGCGGUCGAGCUUUUCAUUCCUCUAAGUAACCAUUUUCACAACCGACUUCCCCAUGCCGCCCGUCCAGCUGUGAAUACUUUUCUUACACGUUUCUCUCCGAAUGGUAAUCUCGUGAACGAUGACGAAAGUGGAGUUUGGAAGCCAUGGGUCGACUGUUAUAUCAAUACCAAAGGUCUCCAUCAUAUUCAGCGUCUGAUAUUGGUUGCAACUGACUAUUUCCAAGCCCAAGCAAUCUAUCGAGACUUAAUAAAUUGGGCUGACGGAUUAAUUCACCCGCCGGCAGAUUCAGCAGCCACAGCUCUUCUUCAAAUGAGAAGUAUGAAAAGAGUGUUCUUGGUGCCUACACAAGAUAUGAAGCACACACUACGACGUAGAGGAAUGCGUGAUGCAAGACCAGACCUGCAGCUUCAGUCGCUCUUCUGGACUGUUUUCAAUCUGCUAGCUGAGCUAUUACCGGGUUACUCCAAACCGGAGUUAUACUACAUUCCAUAUGGUUCUAAAGUGAGGGCAGAAGAUCUACUUAGUGAGGUGCCGGAGCAGUUCCAACUUUUCGUACCUGACAAACAUAAUUUGAAAAAAUGGAGCCGCUUCUUGUACCUCAGAUCAUGA